AUGUGGUGCAAAGCAGAACCUAAUUUGACCGGGCUCGCUGGAAGCACCACCAGGGACCAUGCGCCUUUCCACAGCAAUCCCGACCUCAAAGCACUGGGUCGUGAUGGCUACAUUUAUUCAUUCACUCUGUGGGUCCACAGAUCGUCGCUUCUAACACGUCUGUCCGCCUUGCCUCCAGGAACAACUGCCGAGCUCCCUGUGAUCCAAUGGGAGGCAUGGGGCCCGGCUGUAUGUCGGUGGUUCGAAAUGGAAGGCCGGUCCGUGAGGUGGAUCACGAUGACUUGCGGGCAACGCUUCGUCACAAACGACGUGAACUACACGGGCACUCGUGGUUCCAUCACAGUCAUCGACUUCAACCCGCUCGCGAUUCGCAGGUCGCUCGCUAGGCAUGGGCUCUCCGUGUCAACGCUAGGCGUACCGCUGCCGCCUAUAGUCCGCCAUGGGCCAGAAUCGGACGUGGUCGUGCAUUUCGAGUUUGGUGCUGAUCCGAUGGAGUCGCCUGUCUUCGUGGACCCAGGCGUAUCGUCUUUACCGUAUAUGUCGACCACAAGGGAGGCGUCUUGUGAAAGCGGUAGUCUCAUGAUGGAUGAGGAUUUGUUGAUAGAGCUGCAGCUGGAUGACAGCGAGAGAAUCAAGGCACUGUUGGUACAUUCUAUCGCUCCCUUGUCCCGUCAGUGA